AUCAAAUUCCGCUAAGAAAAUUGGUUUGGUGGUGUCUCGUCUGUUCGGGCUUUUCUCUCAACCAUCACCGAUAAAAAGAAAGUUGAAAAAUCAUCGCGGAGGCCUGAUUUCCUUCUUUCCCAGGAUCUGAAGCUUCCCUGCUACUCAAAGAUUUCGCAGAUCCAUUAUGGAUUUCAUGAAGGUUUUCGAUCAAACUGUCCGUGAAAUAAAGAGGGAGGUGAAUUUGAAGGUCCUGAAGGUUCCCGAAAUCGAACAGAAGGUGCUGGAUGCAACAGAUGAUGAACCAUGGGGUCCUCAUGGAUCUGCCUUAGCAGAAAUAGCGCAAGCUACAAAGAAAUUUUCUGAAACUCAGAUGGUUAUGAAUGUUCUUUGGACAAGAUUGAGUGAGACUGGUAAGAAUUGGCGUCUUGUCUAUAAGGCUUUGGCUGUUAUAGAGUAUUUGGUGGCACAUGGAUCUGAACGUGCAGUGGAUGACAUUAUCGAACAUACUUUCCAGAUAUCUUCACUCUCGAGUUUUGAACAUGUUGAACCAAAUGGAAAGGACAUGGGCAUAAAUGUCAGGAAGAAGGCUGAAAACAUUGUAGCCCUUUUGAAUGAUAAAGAUAAAAUACAAGAAGUGAGAAACAAAGCAGCUGCAAAUCGUGAAAAGUACUUCGGACUUUCUUCUACUGGAAUUACUUACAAGUCAGGUUCAGCCUCGUAUGGCAGCAGUAGUUCUUAUAGCAGUGAUAGUUAUCAAGGUCAGAGUAGCUUUAGAGGCGAUAGAUUUCGUGAUAGGAGCAGCAACAGGGAUUCAUUUAGAAAGGAAAAAAAUGAUCAAGAUGAUUUUAAAAAGUCAGAUUGGGUAAAGCAGGAUUAUGGCAAGGGUUCUGCGCAAAACAGCAGCAAGGAUCAAGGUAAAACAUCAUUUGGUACAUCAAAGCCAUCAAAAAAGUCGGAAGACUCUGCAAAUCAGAUUGCCUCCUUCAGUUCUAGUACCCCUACAAAUAAUUCUGACGAAGAUUUUGAUGAUUUUGAUCCUCGUGGAACUUCCACCACCACCACGACAAAAGCUGCUGCACCAAGCCCCAAAAAGGUGGAUCUUUUUGGAGAUAGUUUAAUCGGAGAUCUCAUGGAUGCUCCAACUCUUGUUCCUCCUGGAAAGCCUGACAGCAGUUCUCCGGUGGUUGAUCUGUUUGCAGAUGCUACUUUUGUAUCUGCUUCAGCGCAAGUGGAAAAGGAACCAAAUUCCCCAUCAAAGACUGAGAUUGAUCUAUUCGCUUCACAACCGGCUUCGGUUUCUCCAACAGUCGACUUUUUUGCCUCUCCUGAGCCGGUUGUGCAAACAGAAACCAACUUUGCCGAUGCAGCAAGAGACAGUAAAGCUUCACAACCUGCUUCAGUUUCUGCAACAAUUGACUUUUUUGCCUCUUCUAAGCUAGUUGUGCAAACGGAAACUAACUUUGCCAGUGCAGCAAGAGACAUUAAAGCUUCACAACCCGCUUCUGUUUCUGCACCAAUUGACCCUUUUGCCUCUGCUGAGCCGGUUGUGCAAACAGAAACCAACUUUGCUAGCACAAAAAGAGACAGUAAAACUGUGGAUCCAUUUGCUGCUCUUCCACUUAACUCUUUUGAUGGAUCAGAUUUUUUGGGUGCAACUUCUUCGCGUUCUGAACCAGUGUCCUCAGAACCUUCCCAGAAUCCUGUUGGUGGCCCAUCUAGUAAUUUAGAUGGAAAAUCUAUCAACAUUUCAACAGCUCCAGCGAAGAAGAAUACUUUCCAGGUCAAGUCUGGGAUUUGGGCAGAUUCACUUAGUCGAGGAUUGAUUGAUCUUAAUAUCUCCGCUCCCAACAAGGUUUCCCUGAUAGAUGUCGGUGUGGUGGGCGGACUGAGCGAUUUCUCAAACGAGAGGGAGAAAGGACCGGCACCUACUUAUCACAUGGGGCAAGCAAUGGGUGCAGGGUCUGGUCUUGGUCGGACAGGAUCGCAGGGGAUUGGAGACGAUUUCUUUUCACAACUUUCUGGUCAACAAUACCAAUUUGGUGGUUUCCAGAAGUAAGUUUAUUGUUUCACUUGUGCCGCUUUUCUUCCUGUUGAUCUGCAAAGAGUGUACGAGAAAACCUCGAGCCCUUUGGAGAGUGGCGUUUGCAUAUGCGCCACAUAUUAAUUGAUUCGAGGAAAUGCCUUGAAUAAUAAUAUAAAAUGUUCUAUAUCUUACUGAGUUACUGUGAAUGAAGGAAUAGUGCUCCUUUUUUUUAUUAAAUAUGUUGCGAAAGUAAGACAUGAGCAAUUGAACUUUAUAAAAAUGGACAGGAAGUGAUCUAAAAUACACCAU